AUGAAAGGAGGUAAAUCGAAGGCCGAAGUGAAGGACAGCAAGCUUGCUGUUAAGAAAGGAAAAACAAAGAAGCAAGCGAAGGACCCUAACAAGCCUAAGAGGCCUCCCAGUGCUUUCUUCGUUUUCAUGGAAGAGUUCAGGAAACAGUUCAAAGAGAAACAUCCCAACAACAAAUCAGUUGCUGCUGUUGGCAAAGCUGCUGGAGGUAAAUGGAAGUCUUUGUCAGAUGCUGAGAAAGCUCCCUAUGAAGCUAAAGCAGAGAAGCGAAAGAAGGAAUAUGAAAAAAGCAUGCAAGCCUACAACAAGAAAUUGGCUGAAGGUAGAAAUAUAGCUGAUGAUGAUGAUGAGUCUGACAAAUCAAAGUCUGAGGUCAAUGAUGACGAAGAAAAGGAGGGCAGUGCGGAGGAGGACGAAGCAGAUGAGUAA